AUGUCUGGCGGCUACGGCGGCGGUGGUUACGGCGGCGGUGGUGGCGGCUACGGUGGUGGCGGCGGCGGCGGCUACGGCGGUGGUGGUGGUGGUGGUUACGGCGGCGGUGGUCGCGGCGGCUACGGAGGUGGUCGCAACGACCGCGACCGUGGUGAUGACCGUGGUGGCUACGGCGGCGGCGGAGGCGGCUAUGGCGGCGGUUACGGUGGUGGCGGCGGCGGCUACGGUGGUGGUGGUGGUGGUGACCGCAUGUCCAACCUCGGUGCCGGUCUGCACAAGCAGGAAUUCGACCUUGCUUCUCUUCCCAAGUUCGAAAAGUCGUUCUACAAGGAGCACCCCGAUGUUGCUACUCGCAGCGACGCCGAGGUCGAGUCCUUCCGCAAGAAGCACCAGAUGACCAUUGCUGGCAACGACAUCCCCAAGCCCGUCGAGACCUUCGACGAGGCCAACUUCCCUCGCUACGUUAUCGACGAGGUCAAGGCCCAGGGCUUCCCUGCGCCCACCGCCAUUCAGUCCCAGGGCUGGCCCAUGGCCCUCUCCGGUCGCGACGUCGUCGGUAUUGCCGAGACGGGUUCCGGAAAGACGCUUACUUACUGCCUUCCUGCCAUCGUCCACAUCAACGCCCAGCCUCUCCUCGCCCCCGGCGACGGCCCCAUCGUCCUCGUCCUCGCGCCCACCCGUGAGCUGGCUGUCCAGAUUCAGCAGGAGAUUGCCAAGUUCGGCAAGUCGUCCCGCAUCCGCAACACGUGCGUCUACGGUGGUGUCCCUAAGGGCCCUCAGAUCCGCGACCUGUCUAGGGGUGUCGAGGUCUGCAUCGCCACGCCCGGACGUCUCAUCGAUAUGCUCGAGGCUGGCAAGACCAACCUUCGUCGCGUCACCUACCUCGUUCUCGACGAGGCUGAUCGCAUGCUUGACAUGGGUUUCGAGCCCCAGAUUCGCAAGAUCAUCUCGCAGAUCCGCCCCGACAAGCAGACUGUCAUGUGGUCCGCCACGUGGCCCAAGGAGGUCCGCGCCCUCGCCAGCGACUUCCUCGACGACUUCAUCCAGGUCAACAUCGGCUCCAUGGACCUCGCCGCCAACCACCGCAUCACCCAAAUUGUCGAGGUUGUCUCGGAGAGUGAGAAGCGCGACCGCAUGAUCAAGCAUCUCGAGAAGGCUAUGGAGAACAAGGAGAACAAGGCCCUCGUAUUCGUCGGCACCAAGCGCGUCGCUGACGAGAUCACUCGCUUCCUCCGCCAAGAUGGCUGGCCCGCCCUGUCCAUCCACGGCGACAAGCAGCAGAACGAGCGUGACUGGGUCCUCGACCAGUUCAAGACGGGCAAGAGCCCCAUCAUGGUGGCCACGGACGUGGCUUCGCGUGGUAUCGAUGUCCGCAACAUCACUCACGUCAUCAACUACGACUACCCCAACAACUCGGAGGACUACAUCCACCGUAUCGGCCGUACUGGUCGUGCCGGUGCCACGGGUACCGCCAUUACCCUCUUCACCACUGACAACUCCAAGCAGGCUCGUGACCUCGUCAACGUUCUACGUGAGGCCAAGCAGGAGAUUGACCCUCGCCUCGCUGAGAUGACUCGCUUCGGUGGUGGUGGUGGUGGCGGUCGCUACGGCGGAUGGCGUGGCGGCCGCGGCGGCGGUAGAGCCAACGCCAACAGCCAGCCCAUGGGAAACCGCCGCUGGUGA